AUGUGUAGCUUGUUGCGACAGCAUAAAUGGAAUCAAUUGGUGCAAACCUAUCGAAUCUCUUCUUCACGUCCCGUUACAUUAUCAUUCGAGAAAUUUGGCGUUGAAAUAGAGGUUAAAUGCCAAAUAUCACCAGUUGUCAUUUUACAUGGAUUAUUUGGACAGAAAGGGAAUUGGAAAUCGAUUGCAAAUAAUCUGCAUCAUCGUUUAAGAACUGUUAUAUUUACAUUGGACCUGCGGAAUCAUGGCAGUUCCCCAUGGCGUCCUACGAUGUCUUACGCUGAGAUGGCAAAUGACGUUCGCUAUUUUAUUGAUGAAAUAGUACCGCAGCAAAUAGGAGAAUUCUCAAAAGUUCAUCUUCUCGGCCAUUCAAUGGGUGGCAAAACUGCUAUGUUUGUUGCUUCGAUGAAGGAUAGCGAUACACGACUGAAAUCACUUAUUGUAGAAGAUAUAGCUCCAAAGGCAUACAAUUCUGCGACAUCUUUCUCAAGAAUUAUCGAAGCUAUGAAAUCUAUCGAUUUGACGUGUGAUCGUGAUGAAAUUGAGCAAAAAUUAGCAGAAACAGUUACCAAUAAAACGACACGGCUAUUUCUGUUGACAAAUUUGGUACCGACAGAUCAGCACACGUACAAAUGGCGAAUAAAUUUAGAUUCCAUUGGAUGUUAUAUUGGAGAAAUUUGUGGUAGUUGUGGUAUAGAGAAUAAAGGAUUAUAUAAUGGAAGAUGCUUGUUUGUUUCAGGCGGUGCUUCAGAAUAUGUCGUGCCUAACGAUUACCCCCUAAUUCUGAAGCAUUUCCCAAAUACACAAUUUUCUGUAAUUUCUGAUGCGGCACAUUGGGCUCACGCUGAAAAACCCAAUGAAUUUACGGAUAUUGUCACCAAGUUUAUUCUUUCUGUUGAAAGACUUGAAGCAGAAGGUUGA